UGGUGAAUAGAAGUCAUUGGUUAAAAGUCUUUUACCUGCUUAAUCAGCGCAACACUGGUAGUGUUACGGCCAUGUCUGUGUGUGAGGACUCCCUGCUGUGUAACUUCCCUAAGUGUCGGGCGAAGCUGAGUGGCUUUGCCUGGGUGACGGCGUGCUCGCACGCGUUCUGCGACCAACAUGGUUCGGGGGAGUUCAGCCGCUCGCCCGCCAUCUGCCCCGCCUGCUCCUCCGCCCUGUCGGGGAAGCUGGACAUCGUGCGCACCGAGCUCGCCCCGUCCGAGGAGUACAAGGCCAUGGUCCUGGCUGGCCUGCGGCCCGAGACCGUGCUGGACAUCAGCAGCCGCGCCCUCGCCUUCUGGACCUACCAGGUGCAGCAGGAGCGGCUCUUUCAGGAGUACAGCUUGUCCCGAGCGGAGGGGCAGGUGAAGCAGAUGGAGAAGCUUCUGUCCCAGCAGAGCCAGAGCAGAGAGCUGGAGCUCAACUCCAUGAGACAGGAGAUCUCAUCACUGAAGAAGGUGAUGGAGGACUAUAAGCGUAAGUACAGUGAGGUGUCGGAGCGUCUGAUGGAGAGGAACAGGCAGUACCAGAAGCUGCAGGGCCUGUAUGACACACUGCGUCUGCGCAGCAUGGUGGGGGACCGGGAGGCGGCCCGUGGAGCACCUGUGCAGUUCAGCACAGGUGCCGGCAGACCCCCGUCCCCUGGAGGCAGCCCCCUGUUCCUGGGGUGUGAUGGAGACCGGCUCUUCUCCUCGCUGGACCAGGAUGGCGCCAAGAGCUUCUUCCAGUUCAGCUCUCCGCCACGAGACACAGCACGCGCCUUCACCAAGAAGCACUGA